AAAAAGCGAGCAAAAUGACUGUGUUUUCCUUCUUCCUUUAGCCCCGGCACUCCUAUCUAUUUCUCUGUGAAUUCUGCCACCCAAUCCCUACCCCAGCCCCAACUUCUCUCUCUUCCAUCUCUCUCCCCUCUCUCCAUCUGCUCAACUCACUCACUCACUCUCUCUCUCUCUCUCUCUCUCUCUCUCUCUCUCCUUGCUCGUCCCUCUAUCUUCUCUGUAAUUUCGACGCCCCUCCCUGCACAGUUUGUCUCUACCUCUCCGACCAGUAAGUCUCACUCGUCCAUCUCUCUUACUCUGGCUACUCUCUUUCUUGUCCUCCCUCUCUCACAGUCGUUCCCUCUCUUCUAUGUGGUUGCUGCUUGUUGCUGUUAAUCGUCGCUGUCGCAGCCCAUGCCUUGAAACAUGAGCAUUCCACCACCGGGUAGCCCUUGCAACCAGUAGAGGCCAUCGGGGGUAGCCAAAUUGCCUCAUCUCGCCAAGUGUUUCAUACCACCAAAAACCAUCUAUAGGCAGCAUCACUUCACUCUUGGAUUGACCGACCACUACUCCAAGUUGAGUAAGCAAAACCCUUAUUCUGCUGGAUACCCUCUCAGCUGCGCAAAGCUGCAAACUUGGACUUCUGGUUUGCUUGGUACCAUUCUUCUUCUUCUUUCAAGAAUAUGGUCGUGAUUCUAAGAAGUGGAGGGCCCUUCUGCAUUCCAAGGCUGCCAUCUGCUCUUUUGUCCCCAAAAGCCAUCUCCUUUAGCUCUAGUUCUCUGUCAGUAUGUGGCUUUUGUAGGAGGAUCCUUCUGCCAAAUAAGUUUCCUGUCAACUGCGUGGUUAGCUCCCUAAUGAGCAAUGCUUGCAUGAGUAGAUUCUGUGGCACUUGCCAUAAAGCGGCUGCAUCACUUUAUCCAAGAAAAAAUCAUGGAAUUGGCAUUCUGAGAACCAUUUCCACAUGCACCUCAACUGGAACCUUUCCAACUACUCCUCCGAUUGUUCGUCCCCCCUCAGCUAUUGUGUUGGCUGCCCACAUUACACCACCGGACGCUCCCCAACGUUCAGAGGAAUGGUUUGCCCUUCGCAGGGACAAGCUGACCACAAGCACUUUCAGCACUGCCUUGGGCUUUUGGAAAGGAAACCGUCGCUUUGAGCUCUGGCAUGAGAAAGUGUUUGAAUCAGGAACAGAAAUUUUGGGAACUUCAAAAAAGUCUGCCAUGGAAUGGGGUGUGCUCAAUGAAGCAGCAGCUAUAGACCGUUACAGAAGCAUUACAGGCCGUGAAGUAAGCUCAUUAGGGUUUGCAACCCAUUCAGAGGAGCGAUUUGAUUGGAUUGGCGCUUCCCCUGAUGGCCUUCUUGAUUGCUUUCCAGAAGGUGGGAUCCUGGAAGUAAAGUGCCCAUAUAACAAGGGGAAGCCUGAGAUGGGUCUGCCCUGGUCAACCAUGCCAUUCUAUUACAUGCCUCAGGUGCAGGGUCAGAUGGAGAUAAUGGAUAGAGAAUGGGUUGAUUUGUAUUGCUGGACACCAAAUGGAAGCUCAAUAUUCCGUGUGGACAGGGAACGUGGUUAUUGGGAGUUAAUUCAUGGUAUUUUACGUGAAUUUUGGUGGGAAAAUGUGAUUCCUGCUAGGGAAGCUGUGUUGCUGGGAAGCAAAGAAGAGGCCAUGUCACAUAAGCCAGCAUCUACUCACAAACGGACAGGACUUGCCAUUUUUAAGAGCAUAAAGUUAGCUAGUGAAGCAAAGUUGUUGUGUAAGGAGAUUGCUGGUCACAUAGAAUUUUAUAGGUGAUGGGCAAAAUUAUCUCUCAUUGGUCAUCCAACAUUUUUUGAUUGGCUAAUAGCUCUUGUUGUACAUUUAUAAACCUUAUUGAAGAUAUUCUUUCCUAUUUCAUUAUGUUGCAAAC